GUUAUGGCGCUGGGAGUUGGCCCACAGACGGCAACAGUGUCAGUUGCCAUUCACGCUUGGGACUAACCGGUUUGGCCGGCAGCUACGCAAAAAAGGCAAAACCAAUCCAAGCGGAUUCAAGCCAAAAACAAAACGAACCAAACUGGACUGAACUGCACUGAACUGAACUGGCUGACGAGUAACGAUGGGCAACAAAGUUGUGACAUUUACGGAACAGGAAUUGGAUGACUACCAGGAUUGCACGUUCUUCACGCGCAAGGAGAUCCUGCGGGUUCACAAGCGAUUCCGUGAGCUGCGGCCGGAUCUGGUGCCUCGCCAGAUGACCGAAGGUCAGGCCUCGAGUGUUAAGGUGCCCUGCGAAUGCAUUGAGAAGAUGCCCGAGUUGCGUGAGAAUCCCUUUCGCCGGCGAAUAUGCGAGGCCUUCUCACGCGAUGGCCAGGGCAAUUUAUCCUUUGAGGACUUUCUGGACGCCCUCUCCGUUUUCAGCGAGCAGGCGCCGAGGGACAUUAAAGUUUUCUACGCUUUCAAAAUUUAUGAUUUCGAUCAGGACGGCUUCAUCGGGCACGCCGACCUCAUGUCCUGCCUGACAACAAUGACCAAGAACGAGCUGAGUCCGGAGGAGCACCAGCAGAUUGCCGACAAGGUAAUCGAGGAGGCCGACGUCGAUGGCGAUGGCAAGUUAUCAAUUUUGGAGUUCGAGCACGUUAUACUCCGUGCGCCCGACUUCCUCUCCACCUUUCACAUCAGAAUCUGAAACCGUCUUUCGCCGGUGCUGCACUCAGCGAAAAUAUCGCCAGUGGAGCUUGCUAAUAGAAUUAUGAUUCCUUUUUUGAUUAGUUCUAUUGUUUCCCAUAACCUAUUGUAAAAAUGCAGAUAGCUGCACUAUCUCAUUGAAUACAAUUACAGUGCAGAAAAAAAGGAAAUCUGCAGCGUGGAAUGUUAUAA